AAUUUAUUUAUGCAUAAUUAAACCAAUAAAAAUUUUGUUUACGUUAUUGUGACAUCUUCUCAAAUGCGUCCAUCAAUUAUAUCGCCCGGAAGAAAGAGUACCCUUGAAAGACGGUUAACUUUACGAAGAGAAACUCAAAAAUUGCCUAUUGUUGAACCAUCAUUAUUAGAAAGAAGGCUUUACGAAGCGUUUGAUGUGUUUGAUAAUGCAAGGAGUGGAGAGGUAGAUGUUAGGGAUUUGGGAACUAUAAUUAGAGCAUUAGGGUGUGUCAUUACAGAAGCAGAGUUACAAGAAAUACAAGUAGAAGUUGAAGAUGUCGAAAAUAAUUGCGUGCCAUUAAACAGAUUUGUAGAAUACAUGAGCAAAGCAAUCAAUGAACGCAAAUUCAAACCAGCAGAACCAGAAGAGUUAUUGAAAUCGUUUCAAUUAUUAGAUCCUGAAAAUCGCGGAUAUAUCAUGAAAGAGGAUUUAGAGAAAUCAAUUAUGGAAAUUGGAGAGCCAUUUACAAAAGAAGAAGUGGCCGAUAUGAUGGCCGUGGCAUGUGAUGCGGAAACUGGAAAAAUUAAUUACGAACACUAUAUCAAUUUAUUAAUUGUGGAAUAAGCAGUAAAAAAAGCACUCACAAUAUGAUCUAAUCCUUCUUGGACAGAAUGAUCUCUGGAGUAUACCAUACUCAUUUUUGAACCUUGCACAGCAACUGGACUUUUGCUUGCAAUAUCUUCAGCAACUUCUAUUGAUUUAUUCAAUAAGCUAAACACAAAUAAUGUCAUUAAUUUAUGCCUCUGUUUUCAAUUAAUUAUUACAAGCUUA